UGCCAUUACCCAUGGAAGCGGCGACUUCCCUUUCUGAACUCAACAACGGAAAACAGUACGCAGACGCCGAAAGAGAGAAAAAAAAAGGGCGAUAUUAGGGCCGUCGCAGCUCCAAUAAAAGCUGCUAACAGUGAUGCCCCGUCAGGUGUUCAUUCCUAGGUCUCCCCGACUCGAUGAAUUGAACUGUGACUCCCGACACCUUCUGUUGAGGUUUCCAGCGUGGUACUCCCGUCUUUCGAGGCGGGAAAUUUGAAACUACAAUUUUGACAAAAGAAAGAAGUUCCCAUAUCUUCUUGUUAGCCCACUUACGGCGUUUUCCCGACCAUUGUACAACCCGCGUGUCUGAUUGUCAUCGAGAUGUCUUCAACAACAAGCUCCUCGCCAGCGCCUACUGACAACGGCUCAGGUGAUAACGGAGGCUCAAGUCCCACUAGCUCUCCACUUCUUUUUUUUGUUGCUCUUGGUUUCGGGGUUGUCUUUACAAAUUUGUGGAUUAUAGUUGGCGUGAAGUAUUGCUUCCGGUAUAACCAGCGCAAUCGCCAAAUCCGUGGCGGAGACAAUGGAGAGCCAAUAGACUUGGUCGCGAUGCCGCGUACUCAUCGGAGAAGAAGGGAAAAGAAAUUGAUGACUAUGGACGAAGUAAACGAACGGUUCCCGCUUACCAAGUAUAAAGUGUGGAGAUCAUCACGGGCAAAUGCUGGUCUCUCAACUGCUGGUGGUAUAACGGCUGCCCAUACUGAGAACGCUCUUGACGCCGAGGAUGACCAACAGUCCCUUCCGGAGGGGGCUACAUCCCUCGUGACUGCACCUGAUGCUAAAUCUCAUCAGAGACUUAAUUCAGCAACGUCGCAGCAGCCAACAAAACCUGUCGAUGAUGGUGACAUGGCGCCAGAAUCUGAAGAGAAGAGUAUAAAGGGUUUCUCCCGGACGAAUAAUGCAUCACCCAGAGUUAGCUCGGACCGAAUUAAUCCAGUAGUCAGAGACCAUGAUUAUCAUACCGUCGAGGAUAUCAUACCCACCACCGUUCUUACGGAUCUUGAUACAAGCCCUGGAGAUUCGUGCGCUAUUUGUCUCGAUCUUAUUGAAGACGAUGAUGAUAUACGUGGUCUUUCUUGUGGCCACGCCUUUCACGCCUCAUGUGUUGACCCAUGGCUGACAAGUCGAAGAGCCUCCUGCCCGCUGUGCAAGGCAGAUUAUUAUACACCCAAGCCUCGUCCUGACGCUUCCGACUUACCAUCUACUUCUGGUCGUCGCGCCGCAAGCCCAAAUCAUCCCCAAGCUGUUUUGAUCAGGGGCCGGGUUAACCCAUUUCGAGCACAGACACUAUAUGGACAGGCCUCACAGAGUGCUCCAGACACCGUUUCCGGAACUUCUCGCCCAAUAGGCCACAGAUUAUGGGCCGUACGGACCACUCCAACGAUCGAAGAGGGUCGAUCGAGAAAUGAUACCUCCAUCCCGCGACUGUCGUCUUGGUUGUCUAACUUCAGCAACCGAUUUAGAGUCAGAAAUCAAGAUUCUACGACGGUUCCUGGCAAUUCACAUCUAAAUGCUCCGCGAACACCAAGCCAGCUGGAGGCUGGGCAAACACGCUGAAUUGUCUUUUGGAUACCUCUGCCCAUUAUUGGCAUCUGGAAUGUCCUGGGCAUGUCUUGUUCACGCAUAUUGAUCUGUCAAGCACCUCAGCGAUCUUGACUCUCUGUAAAUGACCUCUCUAUUUAACUGGAGUUUUUGAGCGUUGUCCUUGUUUAUAAGUUUGUAAGCCGAAUCUUGUUGAUAUACCACUAUAUGGAGAUUUUUUCAAUAAGUGCUCAGU